CUGCUGGCUCGCAAGACGGCUGCACUGGCUUGCGUUAGCGCCGAAGCUGUCGCUGCAGUUCGCUGGCAGAUAGAAGGUACGCAUCGAGCCCGAUGUCGCCGGGGCUUUAGUGGCGCCUACCGCGUCGCUCACUCCAGACCUGCUUCACGUCGACGCCGGCGAGCCGAGUCUGGACUACUCGACGCUGGGCGUGAUGCUGCUCGUCGAGUGGGCGCACGCCGUCAGCGCCCGCAAGCCCGAGCUGAGAGCCCGCCUGAGCGAAUAUGGCCAGUGCGUGCGCACCGAUGCCAUGGAUCUGCUUAUGGCUGACAAUGUGAGCGACGCAAGCCUUCGGACAAUGGUGUUCCUUCCCUGGGCCCUGGACCUGGCUCUGACUGCUGCCACUUCGCAGUGGCGCAAAGGCGACAGAAGAGAAUCCAGUCAGGGCGUGCCUGUUGACGAGGAUGCCGCAACCGAGAGGCUCAGGCUACAACUCUUCUUCCGGCGCUUCUGCCAAACCACUUGCGGGGAUAAGGAAGCCGCCAAAGUGUGCCUUUACGGCAUGUUCAGGUCGGGCCAGUUUGCCCGCACAUUCCAUUGCAAGUGGCCCGAGAGGGACGUGGACUGCUGCUACUCGGGAAAUGGCAUCCGCUUAAGAGCAGCGCCUACAUUGCAUGAUCUUGUUGCGUAGUUUCGUUAAUGAAGGGACUCGGGUCGGGGAAUUUAAGCAGUUCCAAACUGUACAUUUCGCAGCAAUGCACAGACUGUAUCUGAGAGCUCUUCUGCUCACUGUUCAUAAUGUUUGAGCCAGUAAUAUAUUAUAUUAUUUACGAAAGCUUCGUUUGCCGAGUCGUAUGCCGUUUGCAUAUAG